AUGAAAAGUACACGUUCUAAACAUAUGUUAAGUCUACUAUUAAGACCGUUGGAUAAAAUGAAUACUGCGUCUGAUCCUGCGGAAAAAAGUUAUGAACAAUUGGAAUUCUCAGGUUCAGCCAUCAAAAGGUUUUAUAUUCCUUCAGAAGACAUAAAACCACUUCCAGAAGAAAUAGUUAAAAAACUACAUCCACUGCCUAACACACUUAAAAUACAUCAAGUAAUAUUAAAUGAAAGAAAUUCAACCGAGACCCAAUUUGAUAGUGACAACAUAGCCUCAGACGAAUGGCAAAGGAAUGAAAUUCCCACCAGGACAAAAAAAAAGAAAGAAACAAGUCCAAUUAACAACGAGGGGAAUACAAAACAGAAAAAUUCCCCAGACUUUGUGAUCCCUACACGCAAUAGUUUUGAACUACUUGAUACAGGGCCUCCGGAUAGAACCAACAAUACAGAUAAAGUAUAUGUACCAAAGCCAGAACCCAUCUUUGUUACUAGCGUAAUUAAUGUAAAUUCUCUUAAGGAUGUACUAAACAAAUUUCUAAAGAGCGAACUUUACCUCAUGACCACACUUAGAUCUGGACACGUUAUAAAAAUUAUACCUAAAUACAUCCAGACAUUCAAAAUGAUUCGAGAGAACUUCAUUGCCAAUAAUAUCUCACACUAUACUUACCAUCUUAAAAGCGAGAGAGCAUACAGAGUAGUACUACGCGGACUCCAUGCAUCAGAAAAUACCACAGAAAUUUCAAAAGAAUUGUAUGAAAUUGGACAUGAAGUGAGACAAAUAGUCAAUAUCAGACAUCGAGAUACAAAGGAACCGUUGCCUGUAUUUUAUGUCGAUUUAGAACCAAAGCCAAACAACAAAGCCAUUUUCGAUGUGAAAUACUUGAAUAACAUGAAGAUUACCUUCGAAGCCCCAUAUAAGAAAAAGGAAAUAAUUCAGUGCAAGAGAUGUCAGAGAUUUGGGCAUUCCAAGAAUCAAUGUUUUAGGCCCUAUCACUAUGUUAAAUACGGUAGCGCUCACCCUACAACAACAUGUACUAAAAAACCAAACACUGAGGUUGCUUGCACGAACUGUGAUGAAAAACACCCCGCUAGCUACAAAGGAUGCAAACUGUACAAAUAG